AUGGGCGGGCGUGCGGCCAUUGUCGGCACUGGAAGUCGUGCAGCGAUGUUUGUCCGGGGCAUCGUUGAGCGUCCUGCCAGCACUGUGGUUGCUAUCCUUGAGCCCAACUCUAUUCGCGCAGCGUAUUAUAACGACCUCCUCAAGUCUUUGGGCGCCCCGACUGUUCCUGUAUAUAAACCGGAGCAGUUUAAAGUCAUGCUCAGGGCGGAAAGAGUGGAUGCCAUUGUUGUCACUUGUAUAAACGCCUUGCAUCAUCUAUAUAUCAUUCCAGCGCUGGAGGCUGCAGUUCGGUCUCAAGUCAUUUCAAUCCACUUUGAGUGGCUCCUCGACACUGUGCAUGGAACGGACUAUUUCCAUCGCUGGUAUCGGCAGAAGGGUAAUUCUGGCGGUCUGAUGGUGCACAAAUCUGGCCAUCACUUCGAUCUCGUGAACCGGUGGAUUGAUUCAGAACCGGAAACUGUCGCUGGUAUGGGAACGAGAAACGGCUGGGCUAGAGACUCUAGGAAGGAUCCUUUCGCCAUGCAUAUAGAGAUGGACGACACUUUGCAGAAGCUUUAUACGGAAGCUGAGAGUGAGGACGGUUAUCAUCGUGAUAUGAAGGUCUUCGGGCCUGACAUAGCUAUCGAGGACGACAUGAGCGUCAUGGUGCGCUACAAGUCUGGUGCAACCCUGACAUACCACUUGACCACCUAUUCCCCAUGGGAAGGAUAUCAUGCAAUGUUCAACGGUUCUGAAGGUCGCCUCGAACUCGAUGGUCGCCUCGAAUCUGAUGUCGUCGAAUCGGAUUACCGCUCCCCCAAUGAUGGAGAGGGCUUAGGUAGACUUAUUCAUGGUACCAACUCACUCCCUCAUGCGGGGGGUACGACGAAGCCUCAGCAACUUCCUGUAAAGGUUGAUCACUCGGCACACGGCAGAGGUGACAUUCGUAUGCUCAGCGUGUUAUUCGGAGCAAAGCCGGGUCAAGAAGUGGAUACAGGCGAUGCAUCUAAGCAGUCGGCCAACGAGAGGGAUGGCGCCAUGGCACUUGCGGUAGGAGUGUGUGCUAAUGAAAGCUUCAAGACGGGAAAAUUUGUUGAUGUGGCGAGCCUGAAUCUUCCAUUGUAA